CUGUGUAUUUUUUAAUCCUCGUCUCCGCCUCCGCCACCUCCGAACCCUAAUUCCUUCCUCCUCCUCCGACCUCUUCCCCGUACCUCCCCUCGUCGAUCGCCAUGGCGCCUCUGCCACAUCGUUCUCGGCGCGAGGUGGAGGCGGCGGCGGCGGCGGAGGAGGAGGAGGCUCGCAUGAGCAUCUACAGGGCGUCGCGGAGCAUAAAGAGGCGGGAGAACUCGCUCUACAACGCGCUCCGCUCCAUCUACGAGGACUCCGUCUUCGUCGCCGAGAUCGCGGGGCUGUGGCCCCAGCUCCCCCUCGUCGCCAACCUCCGAUGCGGGCUCUGGUACUCCCCGCGCUUCCACUCCACCUGCUACUUCAAGUCUACCGAUGGCCACACCAACAACUGCUCCUUUAGCACCUCGCGCCUCAACCUCCACGUCGCCCACCUCGCCGGGCAGAGAGGAGGGUGUAUAAUAGUAGAUUCGACAAGAAAAGGGAAGCGGUUUCCUGAUAGCAUGUCAAAGACGAUUCCGAUUUGGGCAUGCGUCUUGAAUCGGGCGAUCAAGGAUCUUUUGCAGACGAUGGUUAGAGAUAGCGAAAGGGAUGGUGAGCUGUUAAACAUUUCAUCUAAUGAAGGUGCAGAAAUGAUGCCCACCUCUGCAAAUUGGGAUAGCUCGUUACAUCUUCCUUUAUGGGUUCCUGAUACUGAGAAAGCCGCCAUAGAGGGACGCCUUGAAGAUUGGACAAAACAAUUUAAAGCUUGUGGAGCUGAUAUUGGUUCUCUUGCAUCAAUUUUAAGAAAACCUCUACAGCCAUUAUGGAUUUCUCAAAGGACUCUUAUCUGGUUAAAUGAAGUCCCUGAUUAUAAUUCUUGGGAUUUUACUCCAAUAAUCCUAGUCUCAGCAUCUGCACCUGAUGGAAUAACUGAGCAGAGAACAUCAUCAGAGUACAGCUGGCAUUAUAUUUCUGGAGCAGGGGACGACGAAGAGAGCUGGGCGCGUGGUUUAUCUCCUAAAUUGUUUUGGGAGCACGCAUUUGAUCUAAUUGAUGCAGGGCCCGAACUUUGCAACCGCCUAGUCGCUGACAUUGUUGAAAAAGAAAGGGUUUAUCGUUCACAGAGGAUUGAAUAUUUUCCACAGGUUACAGUAAAGCCUUCAGAGUUGUUGAUGAGCAGUGAUAAUCCUUGUUUUGAUGGGGAACCUGUUAUGGAGUCUAAGAUCAUGAACACUGAUCUUUGUGUCAAUCCUUUGAAAGUCUCUCCUCCUAUUGAGAAGCAAUCUAUUUUCUGGCUUGGUUCUACUAAUCUUGCGGUGGCUUCUACUUUACAUGUUCCAGAUGCAUUGGGUGUUGUUGACUGUGUAUUGAAUUGCGACGCCAACUCAACAGCGUUGUGUAUUCCAUCAUCGGUUUCUUACCUGCAUCUACCUAUAUUGAGCUCAAAGUUGGAUAGAUUCUCGGUAAUUAACAACCUGCCUUUGGCAAUUGACUUCUCAAAGUCAAAUCUAAUCAGAGGGAAGAAGAUAUUAGUAUGUUGUCAUACCGGAGAAGAUAUCAGCAUAUGUGUGAGUCUUGCUAUUUUGGCUUUUUUGUUUGAUGAAAGAGGAUCCUUUGAUGGCGGCAAGUCCUUUGUGGGCAAAAAUAUAACAAAAUGGGAGAUGAGGAGGCAGCUUGUAUUUAUCUGUAAGUUUGCAGUAAAUGCACGCCCAUCUAGGGGAAAUCUGAAGCAAGUUUUUGGUUUUCUUAGUAGAGAAAGAGAGAGAUUGGUUAAUUUGGAGCCUGAUGUUCAUGCCGCUUAGAUUGUGUGCUGUCCGUCCUCUUAUGUUGCAAACUGCUGUCGAAGGGACGCUGCUUUUCUUUUGUCUCAGACUGCGGAGGGGUGGGUACGCAAUACACACUAGUCGUGCCGGUGUGGCGAAAAGAGGGCAGUGGAUGGAAACAUAUAUAUUCCAUGCAACUCAGUGUCGCGACAUAGAGAAGUUGCAUAUAUCAAAGCUAGAAUGUUAUCAAUAGCGAAGGAAUAGUAUUUACUAUUUAUUUUUUAACCUUUGAAUGCCUAGGAUUCAGCAAAGAUAUGUGGAAUAGUAUUUGAUUUAAAGACUAUAAAAUUGAUAGUGAAAUAGUAUUAUCAACUAUUGGCAAGUAGCAUAGUGACUCCAUAUAUUGCUUCAACAAGACAAUCUCCCGCAAAUUUGGGUACUCAUCACCGUAGGAAUUAGCAGCACUUGGAACCAGCCUUAAAAUGGACGAAGACAGAUUAACUAGAUUCCCGACUCUUUAUGUAAUUUAUGCCAGUUUUGCAAGAAACGAGUGAUCGAGUUGUAGAUUGUUAUUCCAUAAAUUGUGAUGUACUUGCAUCUAAUUAAUGUGGGAUGUAAUUUUGUGACCAUUUGAUGUGGGAACAGUCACGGCCGAGAGCGAUGUUA